AUGCAACGCAGCUAAGCAUCGGGCUGCACUUCCUGUUAGCUCAGACGAGAUAGCGGACAGUCUGUCGAAGAAAUUACUUAUGUUUCUCUGUAAAAUCGUAGCAUAAAAGAUCAGGAACGUGAUAUUCUGGAGCCUCUGAGGUCCAUAUUCAGGAGGAGACAAUGAUCCGCUUCAUCCUCAUCCAGAACCGAGCAGGGAAGACACGACUGGCCAAAUGGUACAUGCAGUUUGAUGAUGAUGAGAAACAGAAGUUGAUUGAGGAAGUGCAUGCUGUGGUAACUGUCAGAGAUGCCAAACACACCAACUUUGUGGAGUUCAGGAACUUCAAGAUCAUUUACCGGCGUUACGCUGGUUUGUACUUCUGUAUUUGUGUGGAUGUGACUGAUAACAACUUGGCAUACCUUGAGGGAAUACACAACUUUGUAGAGGUGCUGAAUGAGUAUUUCCACAACGUUUGUGAACUGGACCUUGUGUUCAACUUUUACAAGGUGUACACGGUCGUGGAUGAGAUGUUCCUGGCAGGAGAGAUCAGGGAGACCAGUCAGACCAAGGUCCUCAAGCAGCUCCUCAUGCUGCAGUCGCUCGAGUAGAAAACAGAAGACCAUCAUACCUACCUGCCCACCGAUCUGCUGCCCAGGCACCUAAAUCCCACCAUUGAUCCCCUCUCUCAUGAAAGGACCCCGUGUUGUUUCCUCUCCUCUACAGAGCAGAUGUCAUCACUCUGUACAGGACCUCAGGGGGCGGCUUUUUAGAAAUAGAAAUGUUGUUUACAUAUGAAUAUAUAUAAUAUGAAAGAUUAAUCAACCUGUCUGUUGUAACAGUCUCUAUGUAACUGUUGUACUUGAAGGCUGUACAUUUCAACAUGUUAACAUUUCAUACACCGCCUAAGUUACAACUCAAGCUAGAGGCUGCAGAAUGAGUCAUGUAGUAACCAGUAAGUCUUCACGUAUAACUCCCUGUAGUCCUGAUCUCUCCCUCCUCUCCCUUUAAUAUCCUCAAACUUAUAUUUUACAGCACUACUGUAACUAACAAGCACCAUGUAUAAGGAGAGCCGCCGACAAUGAUCCACAAGCAUCAAGCACUUGCACCAGCCUUCUCUACAAAUCCGUGUGAAGAAAGACCUCCCCUGCGAUGUGGUAUUAGACCUGUCACGCCUUCCUCCUGUUUAAUAUCCGGAUCAGAGAACAAGCAAACUACAACUGGAAAGCCCUUUAGAGCAAUUGACCCAGCAUGGCAGGUUCAUAAUUGAAUGGAGUGUACUCAGGUUGAGUGCCAUUCUGACAGUGUGUUAUGCCAACCUUUGCUGUAUCAGACCUCCUCACAGCUGAUGAUGACAAACAGUGGAGCUUCUGGCUCCUCUCUGGAUCUUAUAAUUGUUUUUAAUGUAAAUGAUCUGCAUCGUUUCGUGCAACUUAUUACAUUAAAUGGUGCUUGUUGGUCACAUAAAAAAAACACUUAAAUCAUAAAUACACUCAGACAGAAAAAGACCCGGGCACAGAAAGGAAAUUUAACAUGAAGUAGUACUGUGGAGCUUGCUUCUUAUGGUCUGUGUGUGUGUGUGUGUGUGUGUACAUACAGGUUAUUAGUGUAUGUUGAAUAUUGUGAAAUUAACACAUCCAUUCCAGAAAGAGUGAUUCUUAAUCACUAUAUCGUCUGAGCAGUGUUCACUUGUUAAAACCAUAAAGUCUUUUGGCAUUGCAUAAAGUGAAUUUACUUUCAAACACAACUCAUGAUCUUUGACAACAAUAAUUAUUUCAGUGCUGGACUUUUAAUAUUUGACAUUACCUGUUCUAUUCAAAUUCUUACCCGUCAGAAAUGUGUCUGAGGUGGUUUCAAAUGUUACUGUUGUUGAACUUUUUGUAUUUUUUUGAAAUGAUUUGGCAUUAGUAUAACAUGUACUGCUCCCCAUUUUGUCCACCUGUGUGUGUGUUGAUGGAAGAUGUGUGUUUGGAUGUAUCACUGUCUAUGAUUGGAUUACCCGCAUCAAUACAUCCCAAUAUAUGUAAAUAAAAAUAUAAAGUGAUAAAAGAA